AUGGGAUCGUGUUUAUCGCGAUGUAUAACUGAACGAAAAAAAACAAGUGGAACGGGAUGGUUUGAUUUGCCAUAUGAAAUAAGACGAAUUAUUAUCGAUUUGAUGGAUUUGGAAGGAAAAGCAAGAUUGGCUAAAUGCUCGUUAAAUUGUUAUGAGGAAGUUGCGCUAAGUCAAAAUUAUAUUGAAGAAAUAAAUAUAGUUGCUGGAGAAGAAGGAGAAAAGCGAAAUUUUGGCAUUUUUGUAAAAGCAAAAAACGAAAAAUGGGAUUUCAUGAUACAUAAAUCAGCUUCUGGAUAUUGUCAAGCUUGUUGGUGGAUGAAUAGAGAAAUUUAUUCGAUAAGAAUGUUUAAAAAACAGAAUUUGAUGGAUUUUUUUUUGAAACAUUUCAAUUGUAUUCUAAAGAGAAAUUCGAAAAGUUUGAGAAGUAUUAGAAUUUUUAUUGUGAGUUUGAAGACAAAAAAAAACAAGUUACUCAAAUGAAUUGAUAUUUUCAGAAUGAUUUUCCUUAUAAUCAAACAAAUAUCAAUAAUUUGAAAAGUCAACAAUUGGAAGAAUUGACACUUUUUGAAAAUAAGAAUGGAAUUGAUCCAAUUUCUUGUGGAUUUGUUAAUAUCGAUACAAUUUCUCGUUUUCAAAAUGAUGUCAGAAUUCCGAAUUGUAAACUCGAUAAUUUUGUCGAAAUCAAAUCCGAAUUCCGAGUUUUAACAAAUCCGAUAUUUACAUUGGAUGAAUUCGACGAUUUUUUGAGAUGUCUUUUGAUUGAAGAAAAAUAUGAAAGUGAUUUGUCAUCACAAAUGAUAAUUACUAUAGAGGAAUUCAAAAUGCACUCAGAUUUUCUUCGAAUUAUCCAAAAAUAUACUGGAGUUGGUAUUGAAGAUGCUGUAGAUAAAGAAAAGAUUAGAUUUUGGAGAACAUCAAAGAAGUGGUCAAAUCGAGAACAUUGUUUAGUUUUGAAAAAAACGUAUUUAUCAUAUAUCAGAAAUGAAGCAUGA